AAAAAAACUCACCCCGGUUUUUUCUCUCCGGCGGGUUUUGGGGGGCUUGGACCUUGGACACAACCACUUUUGACGAUUGACCAGAACCUGACCUGGCCUGGCUUUUCUUGCUUGUUCCUUCUACAAUCAAGAACUAGGACAAGCAUAAACUUGACAGGAAGGGAAGGGACACAUAUUUCUUUGCUUCUUCUCGGUUAUUAGCAAAGUCUUCAACAGAUUAUCUUGUCUUUCCUUUUUUUGUCGCUUGUUCAUCUCUUCCUAGGCAUCUCAUCAUCCCCCCGGUAGGCACAUCCCGACGGGAAUACGCCGCCGCAGUACGCCGAAAACCAGACAAUAUCCGCCAUCUGACAGCCCAGCACGGGCAGCCACGAUCCCAAGGUUACGUUACCUGCCCUGGGCUUAUUAGCCUUUGGUAGCCUCUACCCGCCAAAACUCGACUUCCAACCGACUCUUCUGCCGAUCCAAUUUCAUCCUACUCUCCCAGUAAUCUCCCGAAUUCAACCCCGAUAUUCUAACAUCGAACCUUCAAAGACAUGGCACGCUCAUCAAGGUAGCAACGGCUCCAACUUGUCAAGCCAGCCUCGAUCUCAGCUUCACACCCAAUUUCACGAGUGACGAGUCCAUGUCUCUUCCAAUUCCGUCCUCGAUAUGUCCGACUCGGCCUCCACCGACGAUGGAGGCAUUCCCGAUCGUGGGCCGGUCGUCUUCGCCGUUACAACGGCCACUCUCGUCCUCGCUACAGUCUUCGUCGCAGCACGAAUGGUCUCGCGGACCUUCAUUGUUAGGAAUGUCACCUGGGAUGACCGCGUCAUGAUCCUCGCAUGGCUCUUCGCCUUCUUCCUCUCCUUCACCAUCUGUUUCGGCGUUCACAAUGGCCUCGGACGGCACGACGAAAACAUCGACCCGAACCGCUUGCCUGCCCUUCGCCGUUGCGAAUAUGUCUUUUCCAUCCUGUACAAUCCCGCGUUGAUGGCCACCAAAACCUCGGUACUCAUAUUCUACCUCCGUUUGGCCAAGCACACCCAAAGAGUCCUUCGAUUUGCCUCUUGGUUGACACUUGCGGUCGUCAAUAUUGCUGGUGUUAUUCUCACCUUCAUGAAUGUUUUCCAAUGCCGCCCGACCCAAGCCGCCUGGGAUGUUAACUAUGACGAACGCGCGAAAUGUAUACCACUACUUACUGAGUUUAUAUGUUCUUCACCCGUCAAUAUCGUUACGGACCUGGCCAUUCUCGCUCUACCUAUACCUGUCCUCACCGGCAUGCGCCUCCCUUCUCGCCAGAAAACAAUUCUGGUCCUCACCUUUACCGUUGGAAUAUUCGUUACCGUUGUCGAUGUGGUCAGAAUUUACUACCUUCAGCAAGCCAUUACAGCACCAACCAGUACAACUGCCGAUCCCCAGUCUCGAUUUGGUGGGCAGACCGACUUUGCCUGGAAUGCUUCGCGUUCGCUUAUGUGGAGUGCCGUUGAGGUUAACGUUGGUAUGAUGUGCGCCUGCGUCCCGACAUUGAAGCCUCUGGUCCUCAAGCUGCUCCCCUCCAUGCUCUACGACCCCAAUGGAACCCGCGCCAGUACACCCAAGGGGCCCAACGAUUCAGAUACGCCGUCAACGGGCCAUCGCGCCAGUAUUCAACAGCCCCCUCCUGUCGCGCAAACCGGCGCACAGCCUCUCAAUGCUAAUGCUCCCAUGAGCGCGAUGGAAUUUUUGACGACACCUUUCGACGAACCAGGCUCAACUCGUCCUGCGCAACGUGGUUACCAGAGUAAUGGGACCUUUCAAACAUCAACAACCAUGACGUCUUCAACCGGAACUGUCGAGGGUGUUUAUUUUGGCUUCGUCAACAUGACAAAACCUAAAAGUAUGCUCAAAUGCAACAAGAAGCAGUCAUUCAAAUACUGCACAAUUGUGUCCAUCUUAUUUCUGUUAUGGGGAAUAUCAUAUGGCCUACUCAAUACUUUGAACAACGUCAUUGCGAAAGUCGACAAUAUGACCACAGCUGAAACACUUGGCAUGACGUCUGUAUACUUCGGAGGCGGUUACUUCUUUGGACCCCUGCUAGUGGGCGAAUGGAUUCUUCGGCGCGACGAACACAACCGAUCGAAGCGACACAAGGCCAACGGCCACGACAGCGUUGGUGGCUUCAAAGUUACUUUUAUCGUCGGGCUAUGCUUUUAUGGGAUUGGAACUGUCAUCUUCUGGCCCUCGGCUGUUACCCAAUCAUACGCCGGAUUCAUGCUCAGCAACUUCGUUGUCGGGUUUGGUCUAUCAAUUCUGGAGGUUGGCGCAAAUGCAUUCUUGAUACUUUGCGGCCCCCCCGAAUACGGCGAGACUCGCGUGCUCAUGGCGCAAGGUAUCCAAGGCACUGGCAGUGUUCUUAGCGGCCUGCUGGCCCAGAAGGUCUUCUUCAAGGGCAUUGUGGAGCAGAACAACGCGACCAGCAUGACACUCAUCAACGUGCAAUGGACGUACCUAGGAAUCACACUCCUGUGUGUUGCCCUCGGGCUCUUCUUCUACUACAUGCCACUUCCCGAAGUGAGUGACCGUGAGCUUGAGCAAUCUGCCAAGCAUCUUCCUAUGGAUCCUCAGAAGAAAAGAGGCGGUCUACAACUCCGCACAUGGAGUCUUAUCCUCGCCGUUGUUGCUCAAUACACUUACGUUGCCGCCCAGGAGUGUUUCAGCAUCUACUUCCGCAGCCUCAUGAUAUCCAUACUCCCCAACACACCCAACACCGGCGAGCAAGCAACCGAAGGUGCAGGCGACAUUCCCAACCCCGAUAAACCACCUGGCAUCACACUCUCAAUACCCGAUUAUCUCCUCAUCGCGCAUACCGCCUUUGCCGUGUCCCGCUUCAUGGCAGCUGGCCUUGCAUAUCUCUCUGUAUAUCGUUCCCGCUUCCCACGACCCCGUACCAUCCUCACCGCCUGCAUCGCUGGCUGUUUCGUCUUUGCCCUUCUUCCUGUGGUUGUCCGUCCACCCAACCCUAACCUUCUUGUUAUACCCAUCGUUCUCUUUUACUUCUUCGAGGGCCCUAUAUACCCUCUUAUUUUUGCCAUUGGUCUCCGUGGUCAAGGUCGACGCACCAAGCGUGCUGCCGCCUUUAUCACUAUGGGUAGUUCCGGCCCCGGGUUCUUCCCCUUUAUCAUGUAUGGCAUAAUUAAGCACGGAGGCACCGUCAGAACGGCUUUCAUCGUCGUCAUUGUCCUCCAGGCUGUUUGCAUGUCCUACUCGGUCUUUCUCCAAUUUAUUGGCGACGCCAAGCAACUCGUCGAUCCUUGCCCUGCGGUGCGUGAUGCCCUCAGACAGCCGGAUGAAGAGAUGCCGUCGCCUAUGGAGACAGCGAUUGCCGGGAGGGCGCGCCGACAAAGCACGAUGAAGGAGAAAUCUCAGGGGUUCUUGGAUAAGGUGUCACAUGGAACUAAGGUUAUAAGUGCCAAGUUCCUCAGCACUCGGCGCCGGUCUUCACAACCCUCGAUCCACCAAUGCGAAGAUAGUCGCGAUAAUGCGGCGUCAUAAUUAAUGCUGAUGCCUCUUUUUCACCCAUCUUCAUAUAUAUUUUACGGCCGAAUAGUUUCGGAACUCUUGGAUUCAUAAACAGCGAAAAAAGGGAGGCGUCGGGUUGGGUCAAUGACGGAUGAAUUGUUUUUUUUUGGAUGCUCUAUACCCAACAGGUCCUUGUUCUGGAUGGACAUUGGUACAUACUUUUUUUAUUAGUUAUAGUUUCAAGGACGUGUAUAUGUGUAUAUAUGUAUCAUAUGUUUGAUACGGUAUGAUAAUCAAUGCGUUACCAAAAGUUCAAGAGCCAAA